AACCUCCUGCGGGGGCACGGCAUGUAACCGCUACUACAACGUUCCACAUCUUAGCAUUGCUAGGUUGCAGUGCGAAGGUAGCGGUAGCAGGAAAUGAUGCCUCCUAUUGUUACACCAAUAUGAUUCAUUAAAUUAUAUCGGCAAGUCGAAUAUUUCCUCAAGUAUUCCACUUCAAUCGCUUUGGGAUGCUGGAACCAAGCGGGGAGACCGGUGUUGUGCACAAGUCAGCACACCCGAGCCUCCCUCCCGCAGCACCAGAGCAGGUGGUGCAGUACCUGCUCGCCAAGAACUAUCACCUCACGGCGCUAGAGUUGCUGGUGGAGGCGCAGCAGGCCGGACACGGCGAUGACCUGCGCGACCUGCAGGCAUUCUUUUCCGACCCCGACCGCUUCCCACCCGAUGAGCUGGCCCGUCACCAGCCCGGGAAUGCUCUGGAGUUGCAGGCAGCGGGGAGGGAGCGCGAAUCGCGGCUGCAGCUGGCAGAGUACGAGUUGAGGCUGGCGAAGGAGGACCUGGCGGAGAUGUCUCGCAAGCUAGCAGCGGCGCAGCAGCAGGCGGCGGAGGCAGCGGAGCGGCAGCAGCAGCAGCAGGCGGCCUCACCCAUGUUGCAGCCCUCGCUCAGCGGUGCGCCACCCAGCGCCGCCGUUGCCAACAGCAUCAGCCCCGCCGCCCGCUCAACUGCGCUGCACCCCUCGCCCGCCCGCUCGCCCCACGUCGCUGGAUCCGGGGGGCUGCCCUCCGCCGCGGAGCAGCAGGCCCUCAACGAGGCCGUGUUCGCGCAUCUGCAGCGGCAGGGACUGAUCACCACCGCCAUGACCAUGGAGGAGGAGUACGGCGGCCCACUGCGGCCGCAAGCAGGACAAGGGCAGAGCCCGGGCGGCGUGAUGACCCAUGGGUCACCUCACGUCGCCUCUGCGGACGCAGUCGCCGCAGAUCAGUGGGAGCUCUGGCGGUGGUAUCAGGCGGCCGUGAGGGAGGCGAGCGGUGUGGGCUUUGACUACAGCUCAGCCGCCAUGUCGCUCGCCUUGUCCCCGGCAGUCAGCGCGGGGGGAGCCGAGGGCGUGACAGCGGCGGCAGCAGUUGGGGGUGCGGGUGGAGGAGACGUGCUGGGGCCGGAGUUGGGCAGUUUGAUGAAUCUGGAUCUGGAUUCAAUAGGUCUGGAGGAGCUGUUGCUAGAGGGUGGCGGUGGUGGUGGUGGGGAUGGUGGUGGUGGUACGGCGGUUGCGGAUGGUGCCCAGGAGGAGGGCGCCCCGCGUUCGUCCGCAGAGCUGAAGGGCCGGUUGCUGGCGGCCAGGGAGCGAUUGGUGGCGGCGGCGGAGCAAGUGAAGAAGGCGGCGGCGGUGGUGGCCAGACAGCAACAGCAGCAGCAGCAGGUGUUGCGGAGUCCGCUGCCGCCGCCGCCUUCCCCCGCGCCACCGCAGUUUGGCCCCAGCGACCCCGCACUGAGGGAGCUGCUGGAACUCUCCGCACCCGCCACCCGCCCCGGCAGCAGCAGCACCGCAUCCACCACCACCACUACCACAGCAUCAGCUGCCGCCUUCGGCUCCCCGGCGGAGGAGCAGCCCCUGUCGUCCACACCCACCACCACCACUACCGCCGCAGCGGAACCACCUGCUCCAGACGGCUCUUUCCCUGCAGCCGCCGCCUCGUCAUUGCAGACCCACGGGUCACUCGCUGCUGCGACCCGCCCUCCUCCGCCGCCCGCCCCCAUCGACCCCGCCUACCACGCCUCCCUGGAGUCCCUGCGGUCCCAGCUGGCCGAGGCGCUGCCGCGGCUGCUGCCCGGCCUGACGCUGAGGAGCAGGCUGGAGGUGCUGCCGCUGCUGGAGUCCGCCGCGCGUGUGAGUCCCGACUGGGAGGUGCGGCGGCAGCUGCUGGCGGCCGCCUUCAACGCAGUGCCCGCACCCGACCCGCAGCAGAGACAGGCCAUCCUGGACUGCUGCCUGCAGCUCUGCCGCCACUUCGGCCCCGCCUGGGCGGCUGCCGAGCUGCUGCCACUGGCCUCCCGCGCCGCCGGACAGCCCUCCGCGGAGCGCCGCACGCUGGUUGCGGAGGUGCUGGGCGCCGCGGCUGCGGGCGGGGCGGUGGAGGCGGUGGAGGCGGGCAGCCAGGCGCACGCACUGGUGGCGCAGCUGGCGCAACUGGCUCGGGACCGCAUGGAGCAGGUUCGCGAGGCGGCCUGUCGCAGCCUUGCCCAGCUGGCCCCCCGGCUGCCCUUCUCCCGCUCCUACUCCGCCACCCUGGAGUCGCUGCUGCUGGCACUCGCCACCGACCCCGCAGAGCCCGUGGCGCAGGCGGCGCUGCGGCAGCUGGUGCCGGCGCUGCUGGGCUGCUGGCAGCCCCCCGCAGCGCACCCCACCGACGGCGAGUGCGUGCUGGUGUCGUCCGUGCUGGCCCGCGUCAUGUCGGACAUCGGGAGGCAUGUACGGCAUAUCACGGAGCAGCAGCAGCAGCUGCUGGUGGUGCAGCAGCAGCAGCAGAAGGCGGCAGCGGAUGCGGCAGCAGCGGCGGCGAACGCAGUCGGCAGCAGUGGUGGAGGGUUUGCCGGUUCCAUCCUGCGUUACGGUCUGGCCGGAGUCACACACCAGCAGCAGCAGCAGCCACCUCCUGCAGCAGCGGCAGCACCGCCCUCCACAACGACCACACCAACACCCUCCGACGGCGGCAGCGGCAGCGGCGGCAGUCUCCCUUCUGGCAUGCCGCCGCAGCAACGCAGCCCCGCCCCGCCACUACCGCCCCCUCGCAGCCCCGCUCACCCCCUGCUGCCGCACCAACACCCGCCCACCUCCCAGUCACCACCCGCCGCUGCCCCCCAGCCCGUAUUGUACGGCCGCCGUACCUUCCCCUCCGCGUCCCACCUGGCGCUGCAGCAGCUGCUGGGGCUGCUGGCGGCGCUGGCGCCCGCACUGAGACACGCGGCGCUCUGCAACCGGCCGGCCUGGGCCUCAGCGCCCCUGCCCACCUCCGUCCCGCACUCCUCCCUCCCAGCCAGGCCCCUACCCGCUGCCCCCACCUCCACCUCCACCUCCCGCCACCACCGCUCCGGCAGCGCUGCUGCCGCCCCCGUCACCGCGCUGCCCCGCACCACCGGCUCCGCAGGCGACCUCCCCUCCGCAGCCAACGCCACCACCGCCACCUCCGCCACCACCACUGCUGCCAGCCCCCAUACCUCCCCGGGAGCAGCCCGCCAGGGAGCCGGGCUGCUGCAGCUGCCCUCUCAUGCAGCUGCUGCUACCGGCGGCCACCGGCGCUCCAGCUCACACCCGGCACUGCCCUCCUCCGCCUCUGCCGGCAGCAGCACCCGACCGCACCCGCAGCACCAGCAGUCACCGGUGUUGUCCGCGCUGACGCUGCUGCGGGACACACCACGGCCACCGGGGGAGACUCCGCCACCACCACCACCACCGCAGCAGCAGCAGACGGAGGCGGAGGCGGAGGCGGGGGGGUUGCGGAGGCGGGUGUCAGGGGCGAUCAGCGAGGUGGAUGGAGUGUCGGUGGUGUCGGCCUCCGAGGAGGGAGGAGAGGC